AUGAUUAAUGUUAAUAUAGGGGUAUUAGGACAUGUAGAUUCUGGGAAAACAAGUUUAUGCAGGUGUUUAAGUGAAGUUUUGAGCACCUGUGCUUUGGAUAAGCAUAGGCAAAGUCAAGAAAAGGGAAUAACCAUUGAUCUUGGAUUUUCAUCAUUUUAUAUAAAAAAAAAAAAAAGCCAAACUGCAACUAGCGAAAAUCAACAUGGAGAAACUCAAAAUAAUAAAAUAAUACCAAAACAUGGACCAAAUACAAAUGAAAAUAAAAAUAAAAAUGAAUACAUUCCUGACCAAAAUAACGUAAAAAAAGAGGAUAUUAAUAAUGAUUGUGAAACAGGAAAUAUUCAAAAUAUAAAUAUAUCAGAAAAAAACCACGAAAAUGAGUUAAUACAAAUAUGUUUAGUAGAUUGUCCUGGGCAUCAUUCUCUAAUAAAAUGCAUAGUAAUGGGGGCAAAAAUUAUGGAUAUGAUUUUUUUAGUUAUAGAUAUAAAUAAAGGGAUACAAAAACAAACAAUAGAGUGUCUAGUUUUAUGCCAAUUUGUAAAAAGUGAUAUUAUUAUUAUUCUAAAUAAAAUUGAUUUAAUACCUUUACAUGAAAGGGAUAAAAAAAUUAAUUCUAUGAAAAAAAAAAUUAAAGACGCAAUAAAUAGAACAUCUCUAAAAAAGUUGUCAUAUUACAUAGUCAGCUUAUCUGCUAACAGGAAAAAUCGAGAUGAUAACGAAAUAGAUGAUGUUGAAAUUGGGAAAAAAAUUAUUUCUAUGUGUAGAAACAGUCCAAAUGAACUUAAUCCUCAUUUCAACAUUUUAAAAAAAGAAAAAAAUACAAGGGAAAAUAUAAAUGAACUUGUAGAACUAUUAAAGAGUGUUAUAAAAAUUCCAGUAAGAGAAACAAAUCCAACUUUUGAAGAUUUUUAUUUUUUAUAUGACCAUUCAUUUGAAAUAAAGGGGAAAGGUAUGGUAUAUACAGGAACUGUUAUAAAAGGUAAAAUAACAAUAAAUUCGGAUAUUUCAAUAUUGCCUUUAAAUAUAAGAGGAAAAAUUAAAGAUAUACAAAGUUUUAAAAAAAAACAAAAAGAAGGUACAUCAGGUAAUAGAUUAUCAUUUUUAAUAUCACAUGACAAUAUUAAAAAUUUGAAAAAAGUAGAAAGAGGUAUAAUUGUUCAUGAAAAAUCGAAUAUAUGCAAUUUUGCUGUAUUUAUUUGUAAAAUAAAAUUAAUAGAAUUUUAUAAAAAAAGUAUAAAAAAUAAAGAAUUGUUAACAUGCAUAAUUGGUUUUGCUUCAUCUCAUUCUUAUGGUUUUUUUUUUAAAAAGUUAAAAACAGACCCCAAAAAGGAACAAACUAUUAAUGUGCAGAAUAAUGAACAUAAUAAUGGGCAGCGUGGUGGGGAAACAUAUUCCACUUGCCUUUCAAAUAAUAUUGGAUUUGAUAGAAAUGGAAAUUACUUAAUUAUUGACGAGGUGGAAUAUAUUAACCAUAUAGAUGAUGGAACUGUUUCAGAAAACGAUUUAUUCGAAAGUGAAAAAGAAUAUCAAAACAAUGAAAGAAACGAAGAAAUAUAUUUCUUAGUUAUCUUGAAAAAAAAAAUGUACGGAUUUAAUGGAGAAAAAUGCAUAUUUUUAAAAAAUGAUGAAAAUAUCAACUGCAGAAUAUGCUUACAUGGUAAUAUAGUAGACAUAAUUAAAGAUAGUGCAGUAAAUUCCAAAAUUAAUAAUUCCACAUUUGUUAUGAACAAAAAACCAUGUUUAAAUGACCAUGAAGAUUAUAAAAAUUUAAAAAUAAUGAAAGAAAAGGAAAAAAUUGGAUUAAUUGAAAAAGUAAUUGAUAAUACUACUUUAUUAUGCAAAAAUGUUUUUGCCUCUUCAAAUCAAGUCACAGCUUAUUUGACCCAAAAAAUUUAUCUCAUACCCUUAGAACAUCAAAAAAAUAAAAAUGUGUGCAAAACAGCAACCAUUGGCUAUAUAGCCAAAUCUUUUGCAAAAAAUGGAAAAUUCAUUGUUCAUUUUGAUGAUGAUAUUUCGCAUAUUAAGGAUAAUAUAAAAUUGUACAUAAUUAUGAUUAAGUAUUACAAAGACAUUUUCACAAAAAAAAAAAUUUUCAUGUAA